AUGAGCGAUCCACAAAGCUCCGCAUCGGCCGCGGCUGCUGCUGCGGUGGUCGCGACACAGCCGCGCGCACAGCUGCUGAACGACGCCGCUGCGGCCAUCCAGUCGGCGCCACGCAAGCUGCGACUGCGCAUCACCCGCAUCACACGCCAGGGGCUGCCUUGGUUUGAGUGGAUUGUGAUUGGGAUGGGCAUUGGCGCAUUUGAGCUCUAUCUGUACUCGCUGCCGCCGCCGCAGCGCCGGUUCGCCUUCCAGGUGCAGCUGCUCGUCUUCAUCGUCGCCAUCCUGCUGCUGGUCAACCGGUACAUCUGGCGGCGGCUCAUCCUCGACACCCGCUUGGCCGCCACCAAGUUUGCCUUUGCCCGCGUCCUGCUCGGCGUCUUCUCCGUCCUGGUCGUCCUGUCCUUCCCGCUCGGCCGCAUCCAUGUGUACUCGGAGCCGGGCUUGCUCACCCUUGUCGCCUACUCGUGUCUCGGCACCUUCUUCUUGCUCCUCACGUCGGUCGCGCUCACCGACCUCGUCUUCCUCGUCGCGCUCGCCGUCCGGCCCAUCAACACGCACAUCCGCUCGCCGUCCGACCUGAGCGCCAUCGACCUGUCAGACACUCCCGGCGCUGCCAUCUCUCCGCCACUGCUGGGCAACGGGCACCAACAAGCAGCAGGCCUUUUGAAUGGCGCUGCAGCCACCACCGCCGACUCGAACGCGAGCGGAACUUUGGCCAAACAGUCUGCUGCUGCCUCUGCUGCGGACGAGUUUGGCCACAGCUACGGCCCUGGUAGCUACCUGGAUGCGGCUGCUGCUGCGGCUGCCUCCGCGACAAAUGGCUCGCUCAGCGGCGAAGAAUCCGGCGCGUCAAACUCGGCCCACGCUGCUGCUGCUAAUAGCUCGAGUCGGAGCGGUGGCUCUGCGACAUUGAAUUCUGUUGUGGGACGACGACGGCGCUUUGCCGGCACCACACACACGGUCAAGAAAAUGCUUGAGGGCUCGCGAGUGGCCACGGCGCGUGUCAAGGCCGCAGUGUCUGUUCUGCUCGCUCUGAGCUUGAGCAGCUAUUCGCUGUAUACGGCCAUGCAGCCGCCAAUUCUGAUCAGCGACAUCCACCUCGGUCCGACCAUCGGCAAGUCGUUUUUGAACAGCGUCGUCGACCGUGUGAACGCCCUCGAUCCGGACAUUGUCUUGAUUAGUGGCGAUCUUGUCGAUGCGCACAUUUCCUUGAUUCGCGACGCGACUCUGCCACUUACGCGUCUUCGCCCACGGAUUGGAACGUACUAUUCAACCGGCAACCACGAGUACGUGCAUGGCGAUGUAGACGACACGCUUGCCCAGCUCGCCUCCACCGGUGUGCACAUUUUGCGCAAUGACCGCGCUCAAAUCUUUGAUCCGGCAGGCUCUGGCGAGUACCUGUACGUUGCUGGUGUGGACGACAUUUCCAGCGGCGCGUACGGCCUCGAAAGCCACGGCCACGACAUGAUCAAAGCACUGCGCGGCAUCAACCCGUCCAAGGAAGUGGUGAUGAUUGCGCACCAGCCGCGGUCCAUCUUCCCUGCCGCCGACCUCGGCGUCGGCCUCAUUCUGAAUGGACACUGCCACGGCAACGGGCAGUUUGCUCCCUUCUUCAUCCCCACCUACAUUGCCAACUGGGGCUAUGUCGCGGGCUUGUACGAGGUGAAGGGACGCAUCCCGCAGCCGGACACGGACACGGACAUGGACGGCACGCCCGACACGGUCGUCGGGGAGAUUGUGGAGGAAGGAAUCGAGGGGCACAAGGUCGCCAAGCUCGGCACCAAAUCUGCUCGCACGUUUGGACAAGACAUUGAGCACACCAUGUACGCCUACGUCAAUUCUGGCACGGGCCAUUGGGGUCCACCGAUGCGAUUGUUAAGCACGUCCGAGAUUACCAGGAUUACACUGCGCUCGGCCCAGGCAGGCAACUGA